AUGCUUGUUCGGGUGCUUGGAGACUGUUGUGGAUUGGUUGGCACGCUGAAGCAUGUGUAUUGGAGUGGUUUUUGUCCUUUAUUGGCUGUCUUUCAGAAGGAAGAAGCUGAAAUGGAUUGGAGUGAACCUGGUUUACAUAUGAAGAAGUUAAAGAAAGGUGAAAAUGAAAAAGGGACAUCAAAAGGAUCUGUGAUCACACCAGUGUUGAAGAAGGCCAAUUCCCUAACUGGUGGUCCACUACAAAAGAAUGAUGGCAGCCAUUUCAGUGAAAAGGAUCAGCAUGAAAGCAGGCCUGCAAAGAAAAUUUCUAAGAAGAAGAACAAGGUAAGAGAAAUAGACAAUGAAAUUACUUCUAUGGAUGACCUUGUCGACUUCAUUCAGUCAUCUGAAUCUGAAACAGCCUCAGAGGAUUGUGAGUUGCCUUAUUCUAAGAAUUUCAUGUUGCUGAUUGAACAACUUGGCAUGGAUUGUAAAGAUUCUGCUGGCUUCUUAAAAAUCCAAAAUAUACUUGUUUCUUAUGAAAGAUUAAGGAAACUUAACAAAAAUCACUGUAAACGACUUACGGGAAAAAUUAAAAAAAUGGAAAAAACGGUUAGUGCACUACAAAACGAGCUACAAGAAGCCAAAGACGUGACAUCAUGGUUAGAGCAUCAAAAAGUGGAAUGGGAACAUGAAGUAUGCAGUUUGAGAUUUACUUUAAAACAAGAGGAAGAAAAAAGAAGAAAUGCUGAUAUGUUGUAUGAAAAAAUUAGGGAGAAGUUAAGAAGAAUAGAAGACCAAUAUCAGAAAGAAGUUGAAACAAAACAAGAAUUUGAACUCGCUCUUAGAACACAAAACAUGGAAUUGAAGGCCGCAAAAGAUAAUUUGAAUCAGGUAAAUUACUUUUUGAGAAAAAAUUUGCAGUGACAGUGGCAACUUUCUCCAGAACAGAAGGCCAGAGUAUUACAAGAUGGAAGUGUAAACAAUCACUUUUACAAGCAAAAGGUGCUAGAAAUGGCUCAUAAGAAAACGAAUUCUGAAAUAUCUUCUUUACUUUCUGAUAGUCGUGAGAAAAUACAAGAUCUGUUGCAUAAAAACCACAUGUUGCAGGAUGAAAUCGCCAUGCUAAGACUGGAAAGAGACACCAUAAAAAAUCAGAACCAGAGAAAGGAAACAAAAUAUUGUGAAGACAUUGAAAGUGUAAAGGAAAAGAAUGACAAUCUUCAAAAGACCAUAAAGCAGAAUGAGGAAACAUUAUCAAAAACAAUAUUCCGAUAUAGUGGACAGCUUAAUGUUCUGACUGCUGAGAUUACGAUGCUAAAGUCUAAACUGGAGAAUGAAAAACAAAAGAAAGAGAGCCUGGAAGCAGAAGUUGAAUCAUACCGUGCUAGACUGGCUACUGCUGUACAUUCCGAGAGCAUUCCCGAAAAGGGCUGCAAGUGCCCAAAUGUCCCACUGAGUGUGAGAAGAAGAGAAAGGAACAGCAGUGACCAGACCAUCACCACAAGGGGACAGACUCAUUCAGAGGUCAGGUGGCCAGGGUCCAGCCUUAGCUAUGCCACUAGCUUGCCGGGACAGCCUGAGCACCAGGACCACGUUUCUGACCACCCCCAGCCCUGCCGGCCUCUGCCCCCACCAGUCCGCACUGCGACAGCCCCCAAGACGGCACUUCCCGAGGACAGAGACCUUGGGUCAUUUUUCUUUGGGGCUGAUGUCCUUACAACAGAACUGGAAACUACAUCUUCAAAAUGUCUACACCUGGAUGCAAAAAAUCAGCUUCUUCAACAAGAGUUAUUAUCAAUGAAAGCUUUCGAAGAAGAACGUGAAAAACUAGAGAGCAAUAACAAGAAGUUACAACAAGAAGUAGUAAAAUUGAAACAUUUUAUGGAAAUAAAUAUGGUAGAACACAGUGAAGUGGAACGGUAUAAACGGGAGAUUGAAGAAAGAGCACGACUGGACAUAGUACAAAAAUUACACGAAGUCCACCUGUUUUUACAGGCACAAGCAGCAGCUCAAGAAAACUUGGACCGGUUAAGAGAAAAUGCUCAUGCUUCAACGAGAAGUCAAAUGGAACUUAGAAUUAAAGAUCUGGAAUCUCAGGUCUCUACAAUGAAGACGUCUCAAGAAGAUUCUACUAAAACAGAGUUGGAAACCUACAGGCAACUCUACCUAGAAGAAUUAAAAGUUACAAAGUCCUUGAGAAAUGAGCUGCACAGCUAUAAGACUGGCCCCAGCACGAGCCUGAUGCAAAAAGGAGGGAGGGCCACGACAGACCCUACCCCCAAAUCACACCUGAACCUGCAGUCAGUGCUGCUGGGCUCUCACCACAACCUGGUCAGGUUGGAAAAGUCCCCUAGUCCCUGCCUGGGUAAAGGCACACACCCAAUUGGCUCAUGUACAGAACUCAGCCAGGUCCCAAUGGGAGAAGUGGUGUUGGAGGGGAGCAGGAAAGGAGCUCCAACCCAGCUCUGGCUGCAGGGCCACGGCUGGUGGUCGGGAAGACAGCAAGGAGAGGAAAACAGGAAGGGAUCUCAGUUCACACCUGGGUGCUCAGUUCACCUCUGUCACCCCAUCAGUGCCUGGCACAAUGCCCGGCCUGCGGCUAGUAGCUCAAGGAGGGCUGGGACAGCUCUGCCCCCACCCCCAACUCUGGAAUCUACUCUGCAGGAGGCAGUGGCGGGUACAGUAGCACCAUCUCACGGGGAUCUGGGGAAGUGA